UCACCGGGUCCCAGAUGGAGAUUUCCUGCCAGCACCCCUGGCGAUCGUCGGGGAAAGCUGACAGGGGAGAGACCUCAAGGUCAUGCUGCUUUGUAUUUCUCUGAACAGCACAGAAAUACAAAGCAGCAUGUCUCCAUUGUAAAACGGCACACAGCACGCAGUUAACUCUUUGAUCGCCCCAGAUGUUAACCCCUCCCUGCCCAGUGUCAUUAGUACAGUGUCAGUGCUUUUUAUUAGCACUGAUCACUGUAUUAGUAUCACUGGGGAUGUCAGUGGCAGUUAGUCAGUUCCCACCCAGUAUCAGAAUGCCCACCACAGUCCCGCUAUA